AUGACGAGGCCUAUGGUGCUUGCCUUUCUUUUACUAGUACUCAUAAUCACAUCCCAAUUUGAAUGGAAACAGCAGCUUGUGAAUGACAUCGAUACAAGUCAGAGAACUUUGGGAAAGGAACAACAUACUAUGAAGAAAGAGGAAAUUGUUAAAGAAAAGGUAAGUCUCCAUAUCCACUGCUCCUUGUAUGUGAAACUGUGAUGCCAGUCUCUGGGAGUUUCUAUCUACAAAGUUGAUGAAUGCAUGCUUCAGAUCGACACCAUCAACUAGUCCUCCUAGACAGCAUCACAAUUGAGACUCCCUGACAUCAUCCAUGAAAUUCUCGCUAACAUCAAAGUCAAUGAUUCAACAUUUUACAUUAUAAAAAUACCAAAGUUGAAUCACUAACCAGGGACAGUGUAAAGAUUUUGAAUGCAUGCUUCAUAUGGGCACCAUCGCCUAGUCUUCCUAGACAGCAUUACAAGAGAGACUUCCAGAACAUGAAAUUCUCCCUAAAAUCAAUGUCGAUCAUUCUACAUUUUACUUUAUAAAAAUACCAAAGUUGGAUAACAAUCCAGGGAGAGUUUAAAUAUUUUCAUCUCACUUUGGUGUUGUUGGCUGAGACCAUCUUCGGUCCAACCGGUUUUCCUUAUUGAAGAACCUUCAUUAGAUUCCUAACUGCACAGUUUUAGCAACAGCCUCACAUUCUUCUUUAUUCCAGUUUCGCUGAUGCAUGCAAUAUCAUACAGCGUGAUGUGAUUCUUCGAUAAUGCUUUAAACACAAAGUCAUCUCCCUUGUUUAUUACCGGAGUGGACGUUUUUCUUUUUCCGAAUGACCCAGGAACACGGCAAAACAUUUACUUUUCCAGAACACGAUCUAUGGAGUAAAUAUCUCUUUCGUCUCAAAAGAGUUUAUCUUCAUACUUAUGCCUACUCCUGUAUUUCAUCCCCACUCGUUGAACUUGAUGGUUGACCCCCAAGAAUCCCGUUGAAUUUUUUUCUCUUCUUUAAGAACAAUUAUGACGAGAACCCAUGUUUUCGGGUUUUUAUUUCAGAUAUAUAUAUAUAUAUAUAUGUAUCUGGCCAUCGAUUUUUCCCCUCCUCACAAUCUUUAUGGAUGCUUCGAAAAAAAAUUCAUUUUGAUUGGGUCGAUCAUCUCUCCACCUGUAUCGCAGAUAAUCUUGUCGCAAGAGAAGAUGAUCCGACGGCUAGAUAAACUCGUCCACAGCCUCCAGCAGCAGCUGCUGCAAUGCCAGAGCGUUGACAACACCUCGGAAAAUUACAACAGCAACCCCUCAACGCUGAACACUUUGGAGGUCGAACCGCAGCGAACUCUGAACGGCUGA